UUUUUUUAAAGAUUUAUUCAUUUAUUAUAUAUAAGUACACUGUAGCUGUCUUCAGAUACACCAGAAGAGGGCAUCGGAUCUCUUUACAGAUGGUUGUGAGCCACCAUGUGGUUGCUGGGAAUUGAACUCAGGACCUCUGGAAGAGUAGUCGGGUGUUCUUAACUGCUGAGCCAUCUCUCCAGCCCAAGGAAGCACUCUUGACUGUAGAUGGGAUGUUGCCAUCUACCCUUGAAACAGACGACGCAAUAUGUAAAUGUGCGUAAGCUGAGAUCUGAACGAGAAAGGGCGCUGAAGAAACUGAACGUGCAACUGGACUGUUCCAGAACUUUCUCGGUGAAUUUCCAAAGCCAUAGGCAACUAACCCACAAACCUAAAGAAACCAGGGAUGACUCCCGGGCAUCUGGAAUCUUAGCGCCAACACACCUAAAAGUGGUCCCGUGUCCCACUAUUACAGGUUCCAGAUUGAUGGCCACCUCUGUUUCUGAUUCGUCAUUAAUUUGAGCAGAGGAUCUAUAUUUCACUUCUUCGGAGGGUCUUUGCCUCAUGACAGUUAAUUCUCUCCACAGAACAUUUCCCUCGUGAGUUCCUAGCCAAAGAUUUACCUUUUCCUGCAUUUCCUGGAUUAGUUUCCAUAACAACACAUUGGACCACAUUUUAAAUACCAUACAGCUUUUCUUAGAUUUUUAGGGGAAGGACGUGUAAGAGAACUUGGACACAUUCCAGCAGUUUCUUUUAGGAUGGACACACACACACACACACACACGCUCACACGCUCGCACACUCACAUACAGAAAUAGGACUCGGAAUGAGCACCCACUCCUAGUGUGAUUUGCUAAAAGUAGCGUCAGGACAGACUACGUGUGCUCCUUUCUGUCACUCAGAAAACUCACGGCUUGCGGACAUCCCAAGCACUGGAGACUUUUAAGAGUUGACUUCUUUAAAGGUCUAUUUAUUUUUAAUUGUGUGUAUAAAGCUGUAUGUGUUGAUGGGUGCCAGCAUAGAUGUAUCUCGGAGCUUACAGUCAGUCAGCUGUGAGUCACCAUGUGGGUGCUGGGGACCAACCCUGGGUCUUCUGCAAGAGCAGCAAGUGCUCUUAACCACUCCAUCACCUUUCCGGACCUGUAAGUUAGUUUUAUAUGGCGGACACUUUAACUGGCAUUAGGAAUUUUGAAUGCACUCACCUGCAGGUAAGUAAGCACAGGGCUCCGCAGUCAGAACCUUACAAAUGGCCCUUUUGGGACGGUAUUAAUGUCCUUGCAGCAGGCGGUCAUGUAGCCGCUGCACAAACACGGGGUUUUACUGUUUGCUAGAUCGUGCUCUCAAGCUGGUUGAAGGUGCAAUGUCCAUUUCCAGGUUCAAAUUCAUGCUGUAAUAAACUCCAGAUAUUCCAUUUGCCACAUGCUUUGCUUCUAAUACUUUUGCAAUAAAUUCUGAAAAACCCAAACUUUGUCUGAGAGGGAGCACUUCUUUUUAACCAUUUGAAAAAUUAUGUGUGUGCGCAUGCGCAUGUGCAUGUACUGCUAUACGUGUGUGCAGGUCAAAGGUGUCUGUUUUCUCCUUCUACUAUGUGAAUCCCAGAGAUGGGGUUGAACUCAGACCCUCAGGCUUGGUGCUAAGCACAGUCAUCUGCUGAGUCAUUUCUUUUUUUUUUUUUUGGUUCUUUUUUUCCGGAGCUGGGGACCGAUCCCAGGGCCUUGCGCUUCCUAGGUAAGCGCUCUACCACUGAGCUAAAUCCCCAGCCCCUGCUGAGUCAUUUCGAUGGCCCUGGGGGGCUUACUUCUUUACAGGCCACUGACUGCUUCUUGGUAAGUUUCCGAGAUCUUUUUUUAAAGGCUCAGAUUGCAUGUUUUAAUAUCACUAGAUAGCCAAACCAACAGCAUUUUUACUUCCAUGUUUUAAAAUGGUGGUCUUUGGUAGCUCAGUCCCAUGACAGUUUCUGACAAAAUCCAGCAUAAAAGUUUAAAAGUGUGACUGCAUGUUCUUUACACAGAGGAGCCCGUGGAAAUAGGGACACCCCACCUAUCCGAGAUCCAUUCAAUCAGACUCUUUGGGAGUGGAGUUUGGGAAAACACUUUUUUUUUUUAAACAAGCUUCCAAUAAGCUAUAGUACUUCAGAGCUCCAAGAAUGUGCCACCUGCUUUGUGACAGGCUCUCAUUAGGUUGCCCAGGCUGGUUUGGAAAGUGAGGGCUCAAGUGAGCCUCUGACUUCAGCCUCCAAAGGGGUGGGUGGGUGUCCCUGCACAGUUCUAUUCUGAUGAGGCAGGCACUCAGCAUCAGUAAGAAAGUGUCUGUGAUGCUAAGAAGGGGUUCAGCAGCCACAAGAAAAUGGAUUUUGCCAGCACUGGGUGGCACAGAGGCAGAGAGGCAGAGGCAGGCGGAUCUCUGGCAGUCUGAGGCUAGCCUGGCUAACAUCUUACAAGACAGCCAAGAUCACAGAUUUUGAGACAGAGAGAUCCUGUCUCAAAAAACAAACAACAGAAACAACAAUAACAACAAAAUUGGAACUGAAUGUUCUCCUUUAGGAAUACUACAACACUGAAAAUAACUUAAAGAUGUUUUAAGAGGUCAAAGCCACAAUUCUACCAGUGGUAUUUCUCAAAUGAAGUAAUGUUAGAACUGCUUUUCUGGCCCCAACCUGUAAUUUUAAACCAUCUCAUCUUACAGGAUUUAUUUUUAGAUAGUGAACAAGGCAAUCUUCUCAGACAGGGUCUCAUCCAGUUCAGGGAGGCCUGGAACUCCUGAUUUCUCCAGCCUCCGACUCUGUAAAGUGUCAGGGGUACCUGGGCCUGUGACCAGGUCCCAGUUCAAGGUUGGAAAAACUCUUGUCUCUUUACCAUAAAAUUUUAAACUUGGUUCCCUGGAUUAAAAUGUGAGCAAAACACAGAGACUGAAAAACCACAGAAAAAAGAGAAUCCAACCAGUUCUAGAGCGAAUCUAGGUCAUCCCCAGCCCGCAUGGAGGGAAUUCUCUCCAAGCUGAAAAUGCCACAUUUGCAGCGAGAGUUUUCACUUCUGAGGGACUGCAGCGUUACUGGGAUGGGGGUGGAGCAGGCCUGGGGGGGGGUGGGGGGUGUAGAGGUGACUUUCCAAAUUCCAAUCCGAUGUCCUAAAAUUACAAAUCUUUACACGCAGAGCUGCAAAUGUACAGGCGGAUGCCUCAUAUCCGGUUCUGGGUCCUCUGCCGCUCUGUGCAUGUGUCAUUUAGUGACCAAGUGAGCACAGCAGAGAGAAUGAACAAGGAACAAUGACUAGGCUAACAAGCCAAGUAAAUCCUGGCCACCGGAGAGUGACAGAUGUCCUAGCUAGGUCGCUCCUACAGUAGUGACCCUGGGGACAGUGCACACCUCUCCACAUCAUGUUUCCUUUCUUCAUACACAUGGAGCUCAGGGUGGUGGAGGAAUAGGAAGCACCAGGGUUCCUCUCAGUUUCAGAGGCUCUCUUGCCGGAGCUACCCAGAACCCACUGCUAAUGCUUCCACUUCUAACCCCGAGGAACUGUUCUAAAACAGAUGUGCUCUGUGAGCUCUUUCCUUCCCUCCUCCCCUUGUCUCUUCCUUGACCUGCAGAGAUGUGGACUGAACCCAGGACUUCAUGCAUGCAAGAGACAUGGAGGCCUAUCUCUAACUCAAGUUAAAUUACUUUUAGGGGAGCACUGGGUAGUGUCUCAAGUAACCUGAGACUUUGGACAAGUCAACCACCCAAACAGACAAACAAUAUCAUUAAAACACAAAGCCCAGGGCUGGAGAGAUGGCUCAGUGGUUAAGAGCACUGACUGCUCUUCCAGAGGUCCUGAGUUCAAAUCCCAGCAACCAUGUGGUGGCUCACAACCAUCUGCAACGAGGUCCGAUGCCCCCUUCUGGUGUGUCUGAAUUCAGCUACAGUGUGCUCAUGUACAUAAGUAAAUAAAUCAUAAAAACACCCACAAAACCCACCGAGCACAGCCAUUGAACAAAGAACAUUAGUCUGCACUUCAAUAGCCACCUUAUCUCUUAGGGUUAGCCACAUUAAUUCACAAGGUUUCAAAUACCAAGUUACUUUCCAUGUGCUAUCAGAGAGAUAGAUAAGAAAGCAACGUCUGGAGCUGGAGAAAAGGCGCAGUGGCUAAAGCAUUUGUAGGAAGCAGUGAGGACUUAAGUGUGGAUCCUCAGAGCCUAGAUAAAAGCGGGGUGCAGUAGCCCAGACACAGAUACAGCAAGAGGAGAGGCAGAUACCAAAACAUGGGUUAGGCUGGUGUACCCAGAGAACAGCAAGGACCAAAACCCACGGAUGUCCUCUACUGUCCUCACCGACGCUGUGGCACGCACAUGCCUCCACCCCAAUAUCUAAAAAGGUUAAAAAGAAAGAGAGAAAACUCUCAUCUGACAAGGAGUGGAAAUAAGGAAGAGAACAUUUAACCAGCUAGCUGUGCAUCCCCGUCUAGAACCUCAGAAACCCUUUGGAUAAACCUCAAGUUGGACUUUCUUCACUGCACUUACACCAGCUUUGAGGAAAAGGACAAAAGACAGCCUGCCUGGCAUCUUCUCAAAGGUUCUGGCCUUCUGUUCCAAGACUCGACUCGUCAUGACAGGUGCGGCCCCUUCCCUGCCUCCAUCUGUGCCCUGGCGUAGCAUAGAACCAGCCCCUAUACCAGCAAGAACAUAUGGGCUGGGACAGGACCAGCCUCUCCUUCCGGUGGUAUCUGCCUCCUGCUUGCCUCAGCUCGCCCUGUUAGCUAUGGCAGGGAGCAGCACCUAACCCACUCCCAGUGUUAAACACAUCUCCGACGUAAGGGCUGACACAGAAGAAAGGAUACAGGACACACGGUUUCAUGUCGUAUAGAUGAUAAGGCGAAUUCCGCCAAUCACUGAAACUUAGCAGGAUGCCAUAACCACCAAUUGCUUUACCCCUCUCCACCUUCACGGCUAACUCAUAUCCUACACGGUGACGGACAUCCGCUCAAAACCUGACUGGCCACAUAUGAGCAAUCUAACUAUGUGGAGGCAGUUAAAGAUGCUGUCGUGUGAUACACAGUCCUAUCUGGCUUGCUUCAUGCACAGCACCAUAGUUCUCUGGAUACCCCACCCCUACCCCAAAACAGAGAGCCAUGUUCAUGAUUAUAUUCAGAUUUAUAGGCAGCUCGACCAUUGUGUACAUACCAGUACUACACACACACACACACACACACACACACACACACACACACACACACAGUCUUUCACCUAUCAUUCUCCAGAGGAGGCACACAAACAGUACAGUCAAGAUCCUCAACGGGGUUCUACUUUGUAUGACGUCAUGGAGGACCACACACUGUUUUCAUGAGGCUGGCAGUUAAUGGUGAACAAGUUUAGAGGUUAUAAAAUUGUCCUUUACGGGCUGUCAAGUUGACUCAGUGGGUAAACGUGUCUACCUUUGCAAGCAAGCAAGCCUGAUGGCCUGCAUUUGAUCCCUGGUACCCACAUAAAAAGCUAGAUGUGUCACGGUGGCUCAUGGCUAGCUGGAACUCCAGUUCCAGGGGAUCCGAUACCAUCUUCUGGUCUGUAUGGGCUCUAGGCAUGCACAUGGGAAACAGAUAUACAUGCAGGCAAGGCACCCCUAGACAUUAGAAUAAAGUAAGCAAACUGGAUACGGUGUGAAUCUGAAAUCUACAUUAGGACGGGAAAUGGAGGCAGGAUUGCCUGGCAGUUCCUGAAGCAGCUAGCCUGCAGUCCAGAGUACAGCACGCCAACAAUUGAGACCCCUGUCAACAAGGUGAAAGGUGAGAGCACAUAUACUUGGUCCUUUACACACACCCCAUACUAUGACUUCAGCACCCCCGUGGGGCAUUGGAUCCUACCAGGAAACUUGGCAAAGUUGAGUGGGCUCAGAAACCCUGGUACCCACUUGCGGACGGUAGGAGUUUCCGUCCGCCCGACCAGAUGGAACACGUGACCACAGCUCCACACGUAAGAAAGUGAUCACUGAUCACAUAGCAUAGAACACAGAGCUCUCCACGCUCAUGAGGUACCUAGAUGAGCCCUGAGCGGUUAGCCGGUGAGCUUCCCUUCCCAGACUAUCCUUCCUGCAAAAGGUAUUUAAUCUCUGGUCGUCCGCCCUGAGGAAGUUACAUGCACCCAUUUUCCAGGAUGAACAAUCAGUAAACAGUAGGACAAGCAAGGACUGCCUCUCUCACCAAGAAGCACUGUAGGGGCCAUGGAGGAAGCCUUUGUCCUACAGAGCGGCCACCUAAGUCUCCCGCUGGAGGCCGCUCCGCUGAAGGCCCCUCCUGGUCAUCCAGCCCCUGAGCUAAGCUGGAGGACCCCUGGUCCCAGUCUCACUGCAGACCCGUGGGCCACCCAUGCUCCCAACUCCACACAGUUUGCAGUGGAGACUGGACACUCCAGAGCUUGGGACCCCCUGACUCUUUGGCCUCAGCCUGCCUUGGUUCUCAUCCGGGCUGAGGUCCCACUCCCUGCGCAGUGAAUCCACGGCAUUGGAACUUACUGCAAGCCCCCAUGUAAAUGUAGUCUGGCAUUCUGCAGUUCUUCCGAGUGGAGUUAACGCCACCCCUCCCCCACUCCCCACAGCGGCUAGGUGUUAGGUGGAACCACAUACCCCUCCUCCCACAGAAUCAUAUUAAGAGAGCUAUUUUGUUAAUUUCCCCUUUAAUCCAGUCCCUAAGAUUGUUCCUGUGCCUCUGUCUGCAUCCCUCUGCGUGUCUGAAGGUUGUGGUGUACGGUUAGGUAUGCUGGAGACCAAAGCGCGGCUUUAGAGGGUGACCUUAUUUGGAGACAGGGUUAUUUACAGGGAUAAUCAGGUUAAAAGGAAAUCAACGGAGCAGGCUGCAAUCUGGGGUCAGUUUGGACCAGCAGCCAUCCACUGCCCAUCCGUGUGGAGAUGAAGGGAGGGAAUCAGAAGAUGAUAACACCAGAGGCGGCUAGCAAACCACCAGAAAGCAGAGAGGCUCCACAAAGAUUCCCCCUCCGACCUCACGACCCGACUUCUUGUUACCUUGAUCUCAGACUUCUGAAGUGACCUAGUUUGUAGUUUUCUGAUCUGUCAGUGCCAGCAGGCCAGACUUCCCAGAAAGAAAUGUGACCUGGUAAGAGGUUAAUGAAGCUGUCCAUGGCGGAAUGACUGAUUUGAUUUAUGUGUGCUAAUAAUUAUUUCCCAAGACUGGCACAUCGUUCCUUGAAAACAUCAAUGCGCAUUCUGCACGAGGACGUCUGAUCACUUCGUGACAUGACAUACUGGCUGGUAUAAACCUAUGGUCAACAUCCUCCCUAUGACUUGCACAUAUCUUCUUGCUAGCUUCUCUGUCACGCUGCUGAUGCUGGUAACUGGGACGAUGCCAACAAAAUGGUAACCUAUGGCUUCACAUUUCUAAUCCACGGAAGUCUGAAUCAGAACGUGCUUGCUUGGUCCCAUAAGCUUGAACACUUGGCACCUAGUUGUUGGAACUGUUUGGGAAGGACCAGGAGGUGUUGCCGUGUUGGAGGAGGUGUGUCUUGGUGCCUUACGAGUAGCCUGCCAUCCCUAGUGCACUCUCUGCCUCUUGCUUAUGGUUAGAGAUGGAAGCUCUCAGCCCCUCCUCCUGCCGGGCCUUUGCUAAGCAUCAUGGGUACUAACCCUCUGGGACCAUAAACCUGAUUAAAUGCUUUCCUGUAUAGACUACUCUGGUUGUGGCCUCUUAUCACAGCAAUAGGAAAGUAACUAGCACACAAUCCUGAUAUCGUUUUGUCUGCAUGGUGCUGGGGAUGGGACCCAGGGCGUGAACCUGUCAGGCAUUUGCUUGACUGCAGCCGUGGGGGCUCACAACUGUAAUCCCAGGGUUCAAGAGGCCGAGGCAUGAAAAUCUUGAGGUCAAAGCCAGACUGAGCUGCAGAGGAAGACCCUGUCUUAAACAAACACACCCCUCAAAACUAAACAACAUACAAAGCACAGAGAGCCCCACCUCCAAGCUGCCUUCCAGACUCAUGUAACUUCAAAGCUCUGCUGUGUCACAUAGAAACUCAGAAAAUAUGGUGCGAUACUGGGAAUAUUGUAAGACGAUUUCUUGAAUAAUUCAGGAGUUUUAUUACUCUUGAAAGCAUCUCUAUACGGCAUAAAGAGAAAAAAAAAAAGAUAGCAUGGUUAGUAAUUGUGUUUUCCACAGAGCAUUCAGAGGACAAUUCCGUCCUAGUGGAUUUCCUAACAUCAAUGCAGGAAUUCCAAUGUCUCCUAGAAGGGUACCCGUACAGCACACAGUAAACAAGCCAGCCAAUUUUAGACGGAUGUGCUAGGCGGGUGACUAUAUUUGCUAGAUUAUUUCUACAGGACUUUCUGUAACAAGGGAACAUUCUUUUUUUCCCCUUCUUUCUGAGACAGGGUUUCUCUGUGUAGCCCUGGCUGGCCUCAAGCUCACAGAUAUCCACCUGCCUCUAUCUCCUGAGGGCUGUGACUAAAUGUGUGUGCCACCAUUGCCUGGCAAAGUGCAACCUUUGCACUGUCCACCAAAGUGGCCACCGAGACUGAGUAAUUGGAGUUUGAAAUUCACUUAAUUAACUCAUAUCCUAGGACCCACAUGUGCCCACACUGGCCAUCAUGGCUUCCAGGUUUGUUCUUUCUCAUAGUUUUCCUUCCUUCCCUUUGAUUCCCUUUGCUGUAGCCUGGAGGUUCUCAGUCAAUAGCAAUUCUGCAUCUGAGGUGGCACACGUAGGGCAGCAUCUAGAGACGUCUGGGGCUCUUAGAACUAGGGAAAUGGGGUAUGAUGAUAUUGGUUUUAGUGUGCAGGAACCAAGAGUUCUGCUAAAUACCCCACGAUGCACAACACUCUCACGAUGAAGUACGUAAUCUCAAACACCAAUAGUAUAGAGGGUAAGUAAAGCUGGCAUACGGCUGGAGUGUCUGCUCAGCCUGGAGAGCACUUGGCCUCUUACACAGGACUCAGGCUGGGUUUCUAGCAUCAACAUGGGACAAACUUCUGGGCUCUGUGGGUGCUAGGCACUCACACAGUACACACACACACACACACACACACACACACACACACACACACACACACAAUUAAAGUCUAAGAAAACUUAACCUACUAAAAGGAACUUUUAAACUUUAAGCUAGGUGUGGUAGUUUGUUCUUAUGAUCUCGGUUCAGGAGGCUGAGGCAGGAGGAUUGCUGGGAGUGUCAGGGUACAUAGUCAGAUGGUUACAUAGUAUAGUACAGUGACACUUUGUGGUCUGCUCCUUAGUUAUCUUGAUCACUAACCGACAAUGCCAUCUCGACUGCCACAUUUUCCCUGUCUGUGGGACCUGGGUGACCUGGUAUCUUCCCUGACUUUCCGUCACAGUGAUGUUGCAGAAAACUCCACAGCCAGUUAACGUGGUGCACAAGAAGAUUUUUUUAUAAUGGUUCUGUCAAACAGUCUUGAUCAUUCAUCUUUCAUUUACCUGGAAAAAAAUAUGUGGAAGAGUGUCUAGUACAAAUGUGUAAUCUAGGAUCCAAAAAAUAGAGAAAAAGGCUUGUUAUUUGCAGGGGACCAGCAGUAACCUUGCCUCAGAUGCUUAUGCCCAUUUUAACGGAUUACUAAAUAUAUAUAUAUAUAUAUAUAUAUAUAUAUAUAUACACAUUAUUAUUUAAAGGUUUAUUUAUUCAUGUAUGAGUGCUCUCUUUUCAGACACACCAGAAGAGGACAACAGAUCUCAUUACAGACGGUUGUGACCCACCGUGUGGCUGUAUGGGGAGUUGAACUCAGGACCUCUAGAAGAGCAAUCAGUGCUCUUAACCGCUGAGCCAUCUCUCCAGCCCCCAUGUAAGUUAUUAUUAAAGCAAGGUUGUUGUAGAAAGUCUGAGGAGAUGGUGAACAGCCGUAGCAAGAGCUGCUGAUACAGGAGAUGCAGACCAAGCCCUGGCUAAAGGACAUCACGACUGAAGGGAAAAUAGCAGUGUCGGUGGAAGGGGAAGGAAAGUCUAAGUGAUAGAGUUUGGGAACAUCUUGACAGGAGACAGAGUAGACACAGCGCACACAGCUUACUUAUUUAAAAAAAAGUUCAUUAUUUUAUGUGUAUGGUGCUUUGACUUUAUGCAUGUAUGGAGACCAAGUGCAUGCUUGGUACCGGAGGUCCUAAGAGAUGUCAGAUCCCCCGAGACUGAAGUUACAGACCUGUGGGUACUGGUAAUUGAACCCUAGUCCUCUGUAAGAGCAACAAGUGCUCCAAACCUGUGAGGUGUCUCUCCAGCCCCUCCUCUGAGGUAUUCUUAUGUGAAAGAGGGAGGGAACUGAAGAGUAGAGGAAAGUAUUUAGCUAAAUAAAGGAGUGAGAAACAAUGACACUUAGGCAAGCUCACAAGGAACGCCAGGCAGAUGGAUAAAACAGAACAUGCUGGAAAGAGGGGACAUUGCUCGAGCAGUUUUAGUCUCCAAAGAUAUGUUUAGGUUGGCCUAUGGGCACAUCUGUGGGGGCAACAUGAUUUUUACCUGAUGUAAGAAGACCCAGUCCAUUGUGGGUGGCACCAUUCCCUAGGUCCCGAAAACUUAUAUGAGAGGAGAAAGCCAGAGGAAAACAAGAAAAGAUCACCCCCACCACCAAGUGUGGAUGUGAAACUUUAAGUGCUUGCUUUAACUUUCUUGCAGUGAUGGACUGUCACCUGGACUCAUGAGUCAAAAAUACGCUCUUCCUUCCCUCAGUUGCUAUUUCUUGGGGGUGCUUGUCACAGCCAUAGAAAUGAAACCAGAACAAACAGUUGAAGAGAGCAGGAGGAAGUUGUUACUACUACUGCCAGAUGCUAUAAUUAUGGCAAAACAAAAAUGAAAAUGUGUUAAUAAGUAAGAAGGAAACAGAGGACUCUUCAUAAUUCAAUUGCAUGAGAAGAGAGUAGUUACCAAACAUCUGGAUGGACGAAAAGUUAAGAAAGAACGGAAAUCAACGUGUUUAAGAGCAGGGGUGUAGUUCAGUGGUAGAGCACUUGCCUAGCAUGUACAAGGUCCUGCAUUUGAGCUGCACUAAAGCCCACAUUGCUGAGAACAAACAAAAAACAAAUGGGAAAUGCUACUAAAAGGUAGGGGAGAUGGCUCAGUGGUCUAUGCAAGCCUGAGGACCUGUGUUCAGAUCCCCCCUGUCGCUCUAGUGCUAGGGAGGAGAAACAGGAGCAUGGAUCCCAGAGGUUUGCAGGCCAGCCAGCCUAGCCAACUGAUGGGCUUCCAGGCUCAGAGGGAUCCCGGAUCUGAAAUAAUAAAGUGGAAAGCAACCGAGGAAGACAUAGGAUGCUGGCCACACGCACAUGUACCUGCUCACGUACGUGCACACAUCUCUAUCCACCGCACACAGCACUAGAACUAUGAACUGUCCAUGAGAGACGUAAAAUCAGAUCAAAAUAUAUUUCUUCCCAAUAUUAAAUAGUCUGAGCUUCGUUAUUGGGUAAGGGGCUCAGAGAAGACAAAGAAGAAAUACACAGUAGUGGAUGAAGCACAUACAGGCUGUUGAAAUAAUAAGAGAAUUAAUCGGCAAAUAUUAGAGCAGUUAUUCAACCUUGAUAAUAAGAUAUGAAAUACAAAAGAAAAAGAGGCCCAUCAUACAUAUUAGGAAACAAAACAACAGUGUACGAAUGUCAGGCUGUCUAUUUAUUUAUUUUCGUCUUUCACUGUGUAGCCACGGGUGUCGGGAACUAACUCUGUAGACCAGGCUAACUUUGUACUCAAGAAAGCCUCUACCUCCCAAGUGCUGGGAUUAAAGGCACAGGCUACUACUGCCAGGCUGCAUCUUGAUAAAGUUUUUGUGCUUUGUUGAUGAAACAGAACACACGAAUAACUUAGGCAAACAAAUUUUCAGUUUCAGACCAAUGAUCAUGAAAAUAUAAAGUUUCAUUCAAAAAUACUCCUCACAUUCGUCUCCCUCUCCCUCAAGGUAUGUAUGUGAAGGAUGCUGUCCGUGGUGGUUUGAAUAUGCUUGGCCCCAGGAGUUACAGUUUUAGGAGGUGUGACUUUCCUUGUUGGAGUGGGUGUGGCCUUGUUGGAGGAACUGUGCCACUGUGGGGUGGGCUUUUCUGAGACUUCCUUUGUAAAGGCAAUUAAUUCUGAUUCUCUUAACCUUAGACUUAGUCUCAGGCAGACACUUUAGACAAAGGCACAAAGCAGCCACAUUUCCCCACACAAUUCCACAAAAAGUCUCUAGGUCAGAGGUUCAGUCCAUUAUCAUCAAGGCAGGAAGCAAGGCAGCAUCCAGGCAGGCACGGUGGCAGGAGGAGCUGAGAGUUCUACGUCUGGAUCUGAAGGCUGCUAGAAGACUGGCUUCUUAGGAGGAGGGUCUCAAAGCCAAGCAUUUUCAAAGCACCACAGACGCCCACUGCAGAACCCUACCUGUAUUAUGGCACUCCUUAUAAAGUGUUAUGGUAUCAAAUUCUGUAUGCAUAACUUUGUUAUCUAAACACAGGCUCAGAGGGGGCUAAAGAAACAUAAGAUAGUCUAAAAUUUAGUAUGUAGGUAUUUGGGGUGGGGAAGUAUGUGCUUCUUUGAGCUGUAAGGAGCAACUGUCACCUAUAGGAUGGUUACUACCCAUUAGAUGCCGCAUGUGGACAUUAUAUAUAAGAAUGUGUCUUAUCUUGUGGGGUGAGUCACUGUCAAUAAGUGAUAGAAUUGAUAUUUGAAAUUAGACAAUCUGGUUUGAGGUUUGGUUUGUGUACAAUGCUAUCACAGAUGCUAAGAAAAGUUAGGGAAGGGGGUGGUUCCCUCAAUUGGCGAGUAAUGCUUUCAGAACGUGAGGUACGGGCAGCGUAUAUGAUUUAGUACUGUAAGAUGUGCUUACAUUGCCAUUCCUUACAAGUUGCUCACCUCGGGGACUGGCUCAGUGGUUAAGAGCACAUACAUACUUCUGCAGAGGACCCAGGGUCUGGAUUCAGUAUUCAAAUGGCAGCUCACAACCGCUUGUACCUCCUGUUUCACGGGAUCUGACACAGCAUUCUGACCUCGGGCUUUCUGCAGAAGCAUGGUACACAUACAAAUACCCAGGCAUACCCAGGUUCGCGCACGUACACACACACACACACACACACAUGUACACACAUGUACACACAUGGUCCAUUAAAAACUGCUAAUUUAUUGGUCACGUGACAUUUAAGUAAGUUUUGUGACAAUGAGGAAAGAUGAGGAGACUUUGUGCUUUCUGGCCAAGUCUAAUCCCUGUGUUCAUCUAAUCCCUGGGACUCACAUGGUGGAAGGAACGUAUUGAUUCCUACAGGUUGUCCUCUGACCCCUAUCCCAAAGACCACCCCAAAACAAUAAAUAAUAAUAAUAAUAAUAAUAAUAAUAAUAAUAAUAAUAAAAGGCAACUUAAGCUUAGGUGGGCUUGGUGUGUUCAGAGAGGCUACACAGUUAUUAAGUGACAUCUAAGUCGGAGUCUAAAGCCAUCAUUCUUUUUUUUUUUUUUUUUUCUUCUUUUUUUCCGGAGCUAGGGACCGAACCCAGGGCCUCGCGCUUGCUAGGCAAGCGCUCUACCACUGAGCUAAAUCCCCAACCCCUAAAGCCAUCAUUCUUGUCCUCAGAGUUAUACUUCAAGGUCUGCAGAUUCCUCAUUCAUCUUGGGAGUUCGGGUUUACACAGGGUCCUCUGUCCCUUAUGGAACUUCCAAAGGCUCACGCUGAGGAAACCGUCUGAUCUUGUUUAGGCCCGGCUGGAUGUUUCAGUAGGCCAGGAAGGAGAUACAUAAAUAAAUUUUAUUUCAGUGGGAAGCGUGUGCCUAGGUCUGUGUAGCUAUUAGGACAGCUUUCAUGUUUAGAGACAACUCAAGCACAGACAGACAGAAACACACAGAUGUUCCCUGACAAAUGUGCCGGGCCCGAAGCUCAUGACAUACAUCUCUUGACUCUUGACUAAUACAUGUUUUAAUGACCUUUUUAAAAGUCCCAUUUGUAGGCUUCCCCUUCACCCCAGACCUUAAAUUCCACAGGAUGGCCCAGCAGGAGUGCACCCUUUCCUCAGUGCUGGACUCAGUGUCUCUGGGAUUACAAACUCUUCAUAAAACCAAGGCAGCUCUUUCUCUUCCUGCUCGUCUGGCUUUCAGCCUGUGACCAACCCCGGGCUCCAAUUUACACCAGUCCACCUAUCGGGCAUUUUUCCUUCUUCCUCCUUGGCAGUCUAGAUUGGGUUUAUUCUUCAAGGUCUAUUUUGAAUGUAAUCUCUUUUGCCUUCUUUGAUGACUCUCCAACCACAGAUAAUUUCUUCCUUGUCUAACACCAGGUAUUACACUAGGUAUAACCCUCAUAAGACCUGACAUUCUGACCUGUACAGUAGAUAUCUGGGAAUGUGGAAUGUCUGUCCCAUUAAGGUCUCCUACGUGGUACUGACCUUUGCAUGGGAGGCUGCACUAGAAACAUAUUUCCUUUCAACAAUAGGAAAUAAAAUUCUUAUGAAUGCGAACUCACUCAAGCUGUCCCAUAAUUUUCCAUCAUUGCAAAUGGUCAAAGAGAUCAAAGGACAAAACCAGCUUUUUAGUGGGGGCAUUUAGUUUGAGGGGCUACGCAAAAAUAGUUGAGGGACUUCUGGUUGGCUAAGAAAGUAUGCCUGGAUUAUGUGGAAACGAGAAGAUUGCCCCGGAAAAGGCUAAACAUAAUUUGAAGGCACCUGUGGUAUAACUUUAUUUGUUUGUGGUUUUAAGAUGAACACAAGAAGUUAGGAGGCUUCAAAGGACAUUUUAUGAAAGGUCGAGUUUUGAAUGCAUUGCAAAUUAGGUAACCUAGUUCACUUCCAAAUGAAAUAAAAGUAAGUUAGAAAAUUUAGCUCCUUCUCCAUAGUGAAAUAAUAAUGAUAAUAAUAAUAAUACUACCCAAGUAAUGUAACUUUCUCCCUACAAAUUAUAAGCUAAUCAGCGAGGCCUGUUAACCUCAUAUAAACAUUUCAUUAAGGUACUCAGAUGACAUUACUGCUACAUGAAUAAUGAAUCCCCGUCCCCAGGCUCCACCUAAUUUACUGGCCUUUAUUUGGUGGCUUUGCUUUAGAGCACACAGGGUAAGGUGGAAGAUGGGAAGAGAACCGGUUUAACUUGUAUCCAAAUACCUUUGCAGAUUAUAAACAACUCAACUUUUUCCCCCUCUUCGCAUCCGCAGCUCUCGUUUGUAUCACAAUCAAUGAAUAGAUGAGAUGACCCGAACAAAAGGGACUAGCACCUGCGCCUUCCGCGUCGCAAACAUUUCUUCCCACACAGGGCCCUCCUGGUCAGGGUUUGGCCGACCUUUCUAGAGCAAGCUCCUUCGCGGGUCACCUCGGGACCCCUGAGCACGACUCUGCAGCCUGGGCUCUGACACGGAUCUCUCCUCCUCCUCCUCCUACACGUGACCAAGCGGCGUGCGCCGCGGACAGACACCGCAACGCGGUAGACCUGGUGACAAAGGCUCGGGCGCAUCCGGAGCCCCGCCGGCCUCCCGCGCUCAGCGUCGGCGGAGCCUGCGCAGGGCGGUGCCGCGCAGCGCGGGCCGCGGGAGCGGGAGCGGGAGCCGCAGCCGGGAGCGCGCCGCGGAGCCGAGCAGAGCCCGCCGCGCGCAGCGCCGGGCAGCGGAGGAGCCGAGGAGCCGAGGAGAGCAGCCGAGGAGCGGAGGGGAGGCCGAGGAGAAGCGGAGCAGAGCCCGCCGCGCGUCGGGGAGCGGCUCCACGGAGCAGAGCCCGCCAUCCGCCCGCCAGGCAGUCUGCCCGCCCGCGCUCUGCUGUUCCCAACACCGCCGCCCCGGAGCCCCGCAGCGACUCGGACACGGGUCUACGUGGAAUUUGAUGACCUUGAAUGGGAUAAACGGGAGUGGGUUAAAGUUUAUGAAGAUUUUUCAACUUUCUUGGUGGAAUAUCACUUAAUCUGGGCCAAAAGGAAGGACCCUAGCCAGACUCAGGGAUCAAAGAGCAGACAGAUUCAGUGGCCUGCGCUGACCUUCAAACCAUUGGUUGAAAAUAGUAUACCAAGUUCUGUCACUGCGGUAGAGUUCCUUAUCGAUAAGCAAGUGGAUUUUUUAACAGAAGAGAGUGCCUUUCAGCUAUACCAGGACGACAUAGACAGCCUAAAGCCCGAACUCAGGGACAACCCACAGCUGCAUGCGGAAGUGAAAGUCUGGGUGAAGGAACAGAAGGUUCAGGAGAUUUUUAUGCAAGGUCCUUAUUCAUUAAAUGGAUACAGAGUGAGAGUCUAUAGACAAGAUUCUGCCACCCAGUGGUUUACUGGCAUAAUUACUCAUCAUGACCUCUUCACCCGCACCAUGAUCGUUAUGAAUGAUCAGGUACUAGAACCACAGAAUGUCGAUCCUUCUAUGGUUCAAAUGACCUUUCUAGAUGAUGUCGUUCACUCUUUGUUAAAAGGUGAAAAUAUUGGCAUUACAUCACGACGCAGGUCUCGUGCCAGUCAAAAUAUCAGCACUGUUCACGGUCAUUAUACGCGUGCUCAAGCAAAUAGUCCCAGACCAGCAAUGAACUCUCAAGCUGCUGUACCAAAACAGAAUACACACCAGCAACAGCAACAAAGAAGUAUUCGUCCAAGUAAGAGGAAGGGCUCAGACAGCAGUGCACCUGAUGAAGAGAGGAUGAAGGGAGAUAAAUACGACUAUGGAUCCCGAGGAGAAAAUCCUAAAGGUAAAAACAAACACAUGGUGACUAAAAGACGGAAACCUGAGGAGGAUGAAAAGAGGCUGACCAUGAAAAGGCUGCGGACGGACAAUGCUUCCGACGCUUCUGAGAGCAGUGACUCAGAAAACUCAAGCAAGAGAAUUACUGAGAAUUCCUCUGAACAAACACCAGAGUAUGAACUGAAAAAUAAAAUCACUUCAAAGAUAAAUGGAGAGGAUGGUCAACCCCAGGCAGCUGAGAAGGCAGGAGAAGAGAUUCUCAUAGAUACUCGGCCUCACUGGGACCAGAUGCAAGAAGAUAAAAACCAUGAAGAAGGGGAGAAGCUCAAGUCCAUGGAUAGCCACCUACAAGACAAGAUAACUCUCCGUGCAUCCGAGCAAGCCACAGAUGCUGACCCCAAUUCUAAUGACUCAGUCCUUCAAGAAUGCAAUAUGGAAAACCAACGCACAGUGGAAUUACCAUCAAAGGACAGGGUCGUGUCCAGAACACCGACACCCAAGUGUGCUAUGGAUAUCAAAAACGACACUCAUUCAGAGAGGGCAGCUCAGGAAAAGUCAAAUACUUUUGGUCUCCAGAUACCUGAGAACAUGGAUUCAAAUGUUAGUGAUUCCAAACAUUCAAAUGCUAAAUACCUAGAAGCAGCAAAGAAAGAUUGUGACCAGAGUUGGGUCAGUGAUGUAGUGAAAGUGGAUUUAACACAAUCAAGUACUACAAAUACUCCUUCAGGAAAUGAUAACCGAGAAAUGGAGAAAGAGAGAAAUCACUAUGUCUCAUACAUGUCUUCACUAAGUACGGUUUCUGUCACAGAGGAUCAGCUGCAUAAGCGAAGUCCACCCCCAGAAACUAUAAGAUCUAAACUAACUACUUCAGUAGAUACUCAGAAGACAAAAUCCAGUUCUUCACCUGAAGUUUUUAAACCCAAGGUCACUCACUCUCCUGAUUCUGUAAAGUCUCGGGCUGCUUAUGGGAACAGUCAGGCCGCUGGUGAGCGAAGGCAGGCGAGUAAAGCGGAGCACGAGUUAUCCAGAGGUAGUUUCCAUGCCGCCCCGACUCGAGGCAGCGCUCUGGAAACUACAAAGAGCCCUCUAAUCAUUGAUAAAAACGAGCACUUCACGGUCUAUAGGGACCCUGCGCUUAUUGGAUCAGAAGCAGGAGCUAAUCACAUUUCACCCUUCUUGAGCCAGCAUCCUUUCCCUCUUCAUUCCUCAUCCCACAGAACCUGUUUAAACCCAGGUAGCCAUCACCCUGCCUUAACGCCAGGACCCCACUUACUAGCUGGGUCAUCUAGUCAAACUCCAUUACCCACCAUUAACACUCACCCUCUCACUAGUGGUCCACACCAUCCUGUCCAUCACCCUCAUUUACUUCCCACUGUGUUACCUGGAGUGCCUACUGCCUCUUUACUGGGUGGCCACCCGCGCCUGGAGAGUGCUCACACAGGCAGCUUGAGCCAUUUAGCACUAGCUCACCAGCAGCAGCAGCUGCUACAGCACCAGUCACCUCAUCUUCUCGGACAAGCCCAUCCUUCCGCUUCCUAUAACCAGCUUGGACUUUACCCAAUUAUUUGGCAAUAUCCGAAUGGAACACAUGCAUACUCAGGACUUGGUCUCCCUUCUUCUAAGUGGGUUCACCCAGAAAAUGCAGUUAAUGCUGAAGCUUCAUUGAGGAGGAAUUCUCCCAGUCCUUGGUUACAUCAACCCACUCCUGUGACCUCAGCGGAUGGUAUUGGGUUACUUAGUCACAUUCCUGUCAGACCUUCCAGUGCAGAGCCUCCCCGACCUCACAAGAUGACAGUGCAUUCCAGUCCUCCACUGACAAAGACAUUAGCAGAUCACCACAAAGAAGAAUUGGAGAGGAAAGCUUUUAUGGAACCUUUGCGGUCUAACGCAUCCACAUCAGUAAAAGGUGACCUGGAUCUUAACAGGUCACAGGCAGGAAAAGAUUGUCACUUGCAUAGGCAUUUUGUGGGCCCGAGGCUGCCCCCAGAGACUGGCGAGAGACUGAACAAAUACAAGGAGGAGCACCGCCGGAUUCUUCAGGAGAGCAUUGACGUGGCUCCAUUUACAACCAAGAUCAAGGGCCAUGAGGUUGAGAGAGAGAAUUACUCCAGAGUAGUGCCAUCGUCUUCUAGUCCUAAAAGCCAUGCUAUCAAACCAGAUAAAGACAUGGACCGCUCGGUGUCAGAGCUGUAUAAGAUGAAGCACUCGGUGUCUCAGAGCCUGCCCCAGAGCAACUACUUCACCACGCUGUCUAACAGUGUGCUCAAUGAGCCGCCAAGGUCCUACCCAUCCAAAGAAGUCUCCAGUAUCCACACUGAGAAGCAGAACAGUAACCUUUCCGCAGCAGCCAAUCCUCAAACUCUGUCUUUCAUAUCAUCUCUCUCGAAGCCUCCACCUUUGAUUAAACACCAGCCAGAAAGUGAAAGUUUGGUUGGCAAGGUACCAGACCAUCUUCCCCACCAGAGUGCAUCUCACUCAGUCACGACGUUCAGAAGCGAUUGCAGGAGUCCUACCCAUCUGACCGUGUGUUCUACCAACGCACUCCGCAGUAUGCCCGCCCUGCACAGGGCACCAGUGUUCCAUCCACCAAUCCAUCACAGCCUGGAAAGAAAGGAGAGCAGCUACAGCAGCCUUUCCCCUCCCACUCUGACCCCAGUGAUGCCAGUCAAUGCUGGUGGCAAAGCUCAGGAGUCUCAGAAGCCCCCGACGCUAAUUCCUGAGCCAAAGGACUCUCAGGCAGACCUUAAGAGUUCUGACCAGAGUCUAGUGGAAGUGUGGAGGUCUAACAACCUCAGCAAGGAGAAAGCCGAGUGGCCUGUGGAAAAGAAUAGUGGAAAGUCUCAGGCUGCUGUGGCAUCCGUCAUUGUCCGUCCACCUUCUAGUACAAAAGUCGAUAGUGUGCCAUCUGGACCUUUAGCUGCCAAAGAUCGAGUUUGUGAAAGAGCAUCAUCCGGGGCAAACAAAACAGAUUACCUCAAACCGGAAGCCGGAGAGACUGGAAGAAUUCUUCUACCCAAUGUGAAUUUAGAAAGUGCUCAUGUGAAAUCUGAGAAGAACUUUGAAGCUGCCUCCCAGGGCAGUGUUCCUGUUUCAGUCAUGUCUGCUGUAAAUGUAGUCUCUGCUACCCAGACAGAUGUGCUCACAUCUGCUGGCCCUACCACCAGUGUCUCCAGCUUGGCUGGUUCAGAAGCAACUUAUUCUUUAUCAAAUAUCAUAUCGGCCUCCACGCCCUUAGAAUGUCCUUCUUCAAAAAGUGUUAGUCAGUCAGUGGCGCAAGCAAAGGGUUGCAAAGUCAGCACCCCAGUUCCAGUUACUCUGGCCUGUAGUAAGACAGCAAAUGCUGUUCAGCCUGGUUCUGGCUUCUCAGGCACAACUGAUUUUAUUCAUUUAAAAAAGCACAAGGCAGCAUUGGCUGCAGCUCAGUAUAAAAAUAGUAAUGUCAGUGAGGCUGAGCUCAAUACUGUGAGAAAUCAGACUGCAGCAGCCUCUCUUCCCCUGGAUAGCACCAUGACCUGCGCUGCAAGUAACAAAGCAGUCUCUGUAGGGAAUGGGCCGGCAGCCCAGCCCAGCCAGCCCAACUACCACACCAAACUGAAGAAGGCCUGGCUCACCAGACAUUCAGAAGAAGACAAAAAUACUAACAAAAUGGAAAAUUCAGGGACCUGUGUAUCAGAGAUGAUUAAGCCAUGUUCUGUCAACCUAAUAGCCUCUACAUCUAGUGACAUACAGAAUAGUGUGGAUGGCAGGGUCACUGUAGACAAGUAUGGAAGGGAUGAGAAAGCCAGCAGGAGGAAAGCCAAAAGAACUUACGAGUCUGGCUCUGAAAGCGCAGACUCAGAUGGGAGUGAAAGUAAGGCGGAGCAGAGGACUAAACGGCAGCCCAAGCCGACUUACAAAAAGAAGCAGAACGAUCUGCAGAAGAGGAAGGGCGAGAUCGAGGAAGACUUGAAGCCCAAUGGUGUUCUCAGCAGGAGCGCCAAAGAGAAAAGUAAAUUGAAGUUGCAGAACAGCAGUAGUGCUGGCGUCCCUCGCUCAGUGUUGAAAGACUGGCGGAAGGUCAAGAAGCUGAAGCAAACCGGAGAGUCGUUUCUGCAGGAUGACUCUUGCUGUGAGAUAGGGCCCAACUUACAAAAGUGCCGAGAAUGUAGACUUAUCCGUAGUAAAAAGGGAGAAGAAUCAACUCACUCACCAGUGUUUUGUAGAUUUUACUACUUUAGGAGAUUGUCCUUCAGUAAGAAUGGAGUAGUCAGGAUAGAUGGUUUCUCUUCUCCUGAUCAAUAUGAUGAUGAAGCCAUGAGCUUAUGGACCCAUGAAAAUUAUGAAGAUGAUGACAUAGAUGUUGAAACCUCUAAAUAUAUCUUGGACAUAAUAGGUGACAAGUUCUGUCAGUUAGUAACAUCUGAAAAGACAGCUUUGUCCUGGGUGAAAAAGGACGCCAAAAUUGCCUGGAAAAGAGCAGUGCGAGGUGUCCGGGAGAUGUGUGACGCGUGCGAGGCCACACUGUUCAAUGUCCACUGGGUGUGCCGCAAGUGUGGAUUUGUGGCUUGCUUGGAUUGCUACAAGGCCAAGGAGAGGAAGAGUUCUAGAGAUAAAGAAUUGUAUGCUUGGAUGAAGUGUGUGAAAGGUCAGCCUCAUGACCAUAAACAUCUGAUGCCAACUCAGAUUAUCCCUGGCUCUGUGUUGACAGACCUUCUCGAUGCCAUGCACGUUCUUAGGGAGAAGUAUGGAAUUAAAUCCCAUUGCCACUGUGCGAACAGACAGAAUUUACAGGGUGGAAAUGUCCCUACAAUGAAUGGCGUGUCUCAAGUUCUACAGAAUGCUCUUCAUCACAGUAAUAAAACCUCUGCGUGCCCGCCUGAGUCUCAGCAGCAGAGCACCCCCCAGAGAGCUCAGGCUAAUGGCAGCAGCAGCCCUGGAAGUGCAAGCACAGACAGCAGGUUGACGCCUCCCGAGUCCCAGUCACCACUGCACUGGCUGGCUGAUCUUGCUGAGCAAAAAUCCAGAGAGGAAAAACAAGAAAACAAAGAAUUUACACUUGAAAAGGAAAUUAAAGAAGAUGAAGAACAAGAUACCCCUGACUCUCCAAAUGGCAGCACAUCCCCUCCAGCAUCCCAGAACAGUGAACAGGGUUCAACCCUGCGGGAUUUGCUGACCACAACAGCUGGCAAGCUUCGUGUGGGCUCUACCGAUGCUGGCAUUGCCUUUGCGCCAGUGUAUUCAAUGGGAGCCUCAAGUGGCAAAGGCGGCCGGACUAUGCCUAACAUUCUUGAUGACAUCAUUGCCUCAGUCGUUGAAAACAAAAUCCCACCGAAUAAAACGUCCAAGAUCAAUGUAAAAUCAGAGCCUAACGAAGAACCUAAAGAAAGCAGACAAUCUGCCACGAAUGAAAGCAAUAAGUUUUACCGUGACAUACCACACACUUGGAUCUGUGAUCAGCAUGUCUUAUGGCUUAAAGAUUACAAGAAUAGUAACAACUGGAAGCUUUUCAAAGAGUGUUGGAAACAAGGACAGCCUGCAGUGGUUUCCGGUGUGCAUAAGAAAAUGAACGUUAGCUUGUGGAAGGCAGAAUCAAUUAGUCUGGAUUUUGGAGACCACCAAGCUGAUCUCCUCAACUGCAAAGACAGCAUUGUUUCCAAUGCCAACGUUAAGGAGUUCUGGGAUGGUUUUGAAGAAGUGUCAAAACGUCAAAAAAACAAAGGUGGAGAAACAGUGGUGUUAAAAUUGAAAGACUGCCCGUCUGGAGAAGACUUCAAGACCAUGAUGCCGGCAAGAUACGAAGACUUUUUAAGAAGUCUGCCAUUGCCAGAAUACUGCAACCCAGAAGGGAAGUUCAAUUUGGCCUCCCAUUUGCCAGGGUUCUUUGUACGCCCUGAUCUAGGGCCCAGGCUGUGCAGUGCCUAUGGCGUUGCUGCUGCUAAGGACCAUGACAUAGGAACCACAAACCUUCACAUCGAAGCUUCUGACGUUGUCAAUGUUCUUGUGUAUGUCGGCAUAGCCAAAGGAAAUGGCGUCCUCUCAAAAGCAGGAAUACUUAAGAAGUUUGAAGAAGAAGAAUUGGAUGACAUUUUAAGGAAAAGAUUGAAGGAUUCGAGUGAAAUCCCUGGUGCUCUGUGGCAUAUUUAUGCUGGAAAAGAUGUUGACAAGAUAAGGGAAUUUCUUCAAAAGGUUUCAAAAGAGCAAGGCCUUGAAGUCCUGCCAGAGCACGACCCAGUCCGGGACCAGGGCUGGUAUGUGAACAGGAGGCUCCGCCAGAGGCUGCUUGAGGAGUACGGGGUGAGAGCCUGCACUCUGGUUCAGUUCCUUGGAGAUGCCAUUGUCCUGCCAGCAGGAACGCUUCAUCAGGUACAGAAUUUCCACAGCUGCAUUCAGGUGACGGAAGACUUCGUCUCCCCAGAACAUCUUGUACAGUCCUUCCACUUAACCCAGGAGCUGAGGCUCUUGAAGGAAGAGAUCAAUUAUGAUGACAAACUGCAGGUUAAGAAUAUCUUGUAUCAUGCAGUCAAGGAAAUGGUGAGAGCUUUGAAGAUGCAUGAAGAUGAAGUAGAGGACAUGGAAGACACUUAAGUGCUUGGAACUGGGAUAUCCCUUGAGUGACACUAGGUCUGACUUAAGCUCCAUUAAACCAUCAGUGCCAAGAAAUUCUCUUUGUAGUAAUUACUUGCUACUGACACCACACCAGUAUAGCAUUGUGUCGCAGCCCUGCGAUUCAGUGCUAGCUGUCAACCAAGCUGUGUGUAAAAGCAGCUCUCUAGCUGCUCCUGUACCAUGUGUAUAUGAUGUUUGUGAAGACGCCAGAUUUAAAAUGAUGUAUUUAUUUUUGGUAAAAAAAAAAAAAAUCUAUGCUAUAUUGUUGAUCAAGUGUAAAUGUGCUGUGUACAGUUUAAUAAAAUAACUGAUAUUUUUCACUACAUGAGACAGUUACUGUGAGACUAGGACACAAACACCAGCUGUUGCCUGCGUUUGGAAAAUUGCUGGAUUGCACAGCAGUCAUGUCAUAAUCAGAAAAUUACUGCCAAAUAACUGUAAGAUGUGUAAGAUACAAAGUAUAUAAGUAGAUACUAAACUCAGACACUUCAAUAUUUUGUUGAAGCUAUUGACUGUACAAUUAAACAUUUUCAAAAGGUGUAAUUUAUUUAAAAUUGUCUCAUUUUGGUAAAAUUUAUGUGAAGUUUUAAAGCUAAAUAUUAAACUUAAUAUGCUAUGUAAAUAUAUACAUAUAUCCAUUUCAGGAUGUAUUUUUUUAAAGCGUUGGCUGGCUUUUGUUAAAGUGUAAGUGUUACAUAUGGCUUUGUACAUUACAGUUGAAAGGGGUUUACAUUUUCCAUUAAAGACUUUAUCAAGAA